GUUAUUAGCUACACUUCUCUACCGAUAUGGAGACUCCAUUGAUUCUGAAGAACUCACACCAGCCUACUGAGUAUGAUAUCACGUUGAAUGUGGAUCAUGAAAAGUCCAAUUUCAAAGGGUCAGUAACAGUUUUGUUGGUCAAGUCGAGAGAUGCGACCGUUAGCGACGGCGAUGACUUUGAAUUUUGGGUCAAUGCUUCUGAGUUGGUGUUGCUGAGUGCUGCAUUCGAUGCCCAAACUAGCCAGUUCAAAGCGAAAGUGUCCUAUGAUAAGGAAAAGGGUCUCGCUAAACUUGUCGUGGAGAAUGGAAAGGAGCUCUACAACCAAGAGUCCUUGUCCCUCGAGAUUGGCUUCAUCGGUAAGAUCAACUCCAUCAAGACGUUCCAAGACGUCACAAAGGGGCUGUUCAGAACGAAUUACCUUGGUGAAAGAUCUAACAAGGCCACCAACUACAUACUGGCAACACAUUGUCAGACAUCUUAUGCCAGAAAUAUCUUCCCGUGUAUCGAUGAACCUGCUUCAAAGGCAAAAAUCACUCUUACCAUAGAGACAAACUCCAGAUUCAAGGUGUUGGCAAACACAUCUCCUGAAUCUAAACAAGUUGAUGAGGAAAGAGAACUCCAAAUCAUCAAGUUUAAACAGUCACCUCCAAUCACACCAUCGAUCUUUGGGUUUGUUAUUGGUGACCUUGACUUCAUAGAAACCAGUGUCGAACUUUCUCAAGGUAAAAUUCCAGUUAGAUUUUACUCUGCAAUUGGUAAUAUUUCUGGUUCUGCAUAUGCCUUGGAUGUUGCCAGCAAAGCUCUUCCUUUCAUUGAAUCUGUGUUGGUUCGUGAAUAUCCACUCGAUAAGCUGGAUUUCAUAGCGUUGCCUUUCCUCAGUGAUGGUGCCAUGGAAAACUUUGGACUUAUUACUAUACAGUCUGGUCACAUCCUGGUGCAGUCUUUGGCCAACAAGAAAGUAACACAGACAAUCAGGCAACUGGUUGUGCAUGAACUCAUUCAUCAUUGGAUCGGUAAUAAUGUUUCAUUCGACGAAUGGUCACAUCUCUGGUUAAAUGAGGCAUUCGCAACAUGGUUUGCCAAAUACAUUCUUUACAAACUUGAUUUGGAUGCAUCAGAUAAGGAUGUAUGGAUUAGCCAAGUUGAUGAGGAAAUAGAGACCGUCUUUGAGGAAGAUGCGUCAUUGAAGGCAUGUACUGUGAUGAACAAUUCUACAAAGUCCAUCAAGAGUACAUUCGAUGCCUUCCAAAUUCCAGCAUAUCAAAAGGGAAUUCAGUUUUUGAGAAUGUUUGCUAACACCUUUGAAGGAACCUUUGAUGAUCACUUGGACAAAUUCACUGCUACUUUGGCAAAGUUCAUACAAGACAACGACUUCCGUUCCAUCAAACCUAUUGAAAUUUGGAAAGCGUUUAACAAUGAGUCCAAGAUCGACUUCUUAGCAUUUGCACACUCGUGGCUAAGAGUUGCUGGAUUCCCAAUUGUGUCUGUGAGCUUGAACGAUGAGGGUAACGUAAUCGUUGAGCAGAACCGAUUCCUGGAGUUUAGUACGCCACAGCUUGAAAAUCUGGAGAACACACCAUAUCAUGUUCCACUGGCAAUUCGUAUUAAUGAUGGAUCAGUUGUUAAUACAAUCUUGACCGACAGAAGAAUGACAUUAGAGAACAUAAAAUCAACAGAGUUUGUCGUCUUGAACGUCAACAGAACUGGAUUUUACAGAGUUAGCUAUGAUGAUUUGAGUGUCAUUGAAAACAUUGUUAACAACUUUUCAAAACUAUCCUCUGCUGAUUUGAUUGGUAUGUUCCAUGACCUGGGCCAUUUAAUUGGUCAUGACCAAUUGCAGAAGAGUAUCAAUUUCAUUGCGUUGGUGAAGUUCAGUGAAAAGUUGAUUGAUUCACCAGUGUUAGACUUCAAAGUGUUGAGAAUCGCCUUGACGAACUUGGAAUCCGUGGAGAACUCUUACAAGUUAUACGCAUCAAGGGAGUCAUAUAACGCAUUCUCUGAGUGGGUUGUUAAGAUGAAUGCCAAAUUGUUCAACAAAUUACAAUGGAAUAUUGAUUAUGAGACUUUGAACUCUCAUGAGUUGGAGACGCGUGCUUUAAUUUUGUCUAUUGGUAUCAACACUGCCGAAGUUGGGAAACUUUGCGACACAUUGUUCAAGAAGUUACUACAUGGACCAUCUCGUGCCGUUCCUGCCCACUUCCUCAAUCCAGUACUUGCAUCUGUCUCAUUGAGAGCCAAUCAAAACACAUGGAAGAAGGUUUUAGAUCUUGUGAAAUCCCCAGGUGCUACAGUUUCCCAUAUCUUUGCAGGUUCAGCACCUGAUAUUCAACAUGCAGCCAUCUCAUCCAUCGGGUUUACAAGAGAUUCUGCUCUGGUCAAAAGAGUUUUGAACUUUGUCACAACAAAUAUUGAAUCUAACUUGAUUGAGACUGCUCUUGUUGGUUUACAGUUCAAUAACGAGAUGAACAAGAAAGCACUUUGGCACUGGUUUACACUGCACUAUGACCAAUGGGCUUUGAAGAGCUGUAGAGCAGGCUCCAAGAUCAGUGCAGACAUGAGAAAAACUUUGAAAGGUAUCACGGUCAUUAUUCUAGCUGGUAUGACAACAGAUGAAGAUAAAAAGGCUAUUAAAGAGUUUGUCAAUGACAAACUUUCCAAAUUACCAGAUCACGAGCUGAAGGAGACAGUGAAACUUGUUGAGGACUCACAAAUCGAAAAGAUUAAAAUUUCCUCCUCAGCUGAUGAAUUGUCCACAUUCUUGUAAAUACUAUACAAUUCUACAUUCUCGAGACAUAGGUUGUAGUCAUGUAUCAUUAAGUCGUUUAUUGGCCCACUGUACUGAUGAUGGAUUCGACUUCUUUGAUGAGCCUUUCUAGCGAAUCCAUCAUUUCAUCUCUUCUUGGAGACGUUGGACUUCGUGGCGAGGAUAAAACACUUUCUUGUGAUCCGUCAUGUUCAUUAUCUCUUUGAUUUGGGGACUGGUGAUCCUGCGUAGAGGUUGUCUCUUCCUUAGAUUCGUUACCAUCCUCAUGCAGUACAUGUGACAUGAAGAAACUUGUUUCCACAGAUGUCUCCCUGCUCAGUUUGUACGAUUUGGAGGUGAAAUCAGAAGAGCUCUGUCCCAUAUGUUCCAAUCUCCAUUUGAUUCUCCG